AUGACCUCUGGGUCAGCGUGUCCGCUGUGCAAGCGCUCCUUCGGCCUCCUGCUCUGGAGGCAUGUGUGUGGCACGUGCAAAAGGAACUUUUGCGAGGCUUGCGCGCCCAAAUGCAACGGCGAACGCAGGUGCAAGUCAUGUGGAUCCGCCGGUACACUACACAAGCAGCAGCAGAGUGGAGCAGCCAUCGCAAGUGGGGACGAUGGGCGCGAGAGAUGUGUGCGGGCCGCCGAGGAGCGUAUGAAGGCGGCGCAGCAGCGCGGCAAGCCGCAGAGGCGCGACGCGCCAGGAGCAGCAACACCGCCAAAUCAGCGGGAGCAUCAGCAGCAGCCGGAAGAAAAUAGCCCGAAACAAACUAGCAUCAGUGGUGCGAUGCAGCCAGAGACGGCGCCGACACAAACGGCACAAGCGCAGACGCAGCCAGGGACGAACCCUGUCCUUGAGGCCGCCAUGCGCCGUCGGCAACAGGAGCAACUCGGAAUGAACGCCAAUCGUGGCAACUCAGAUGAGAAGGUGCUGUUGAUCACGGAGAUCACGAAGGUCCUCCAUCAGCGUGGUGAAGAGGAGCCCUUUGGCCUCCGUGCAAUGGACGAAGCGAAGCUGCGAUCCUAUCUGCGCUACAUAAAAGGGAAGAACAACAAUGCUGUGGUUUAA